AUGGCCCCCAAACAGGACACGCCGUUCCGCUCGGCGGAUAUGAGCAUGGUUCAGUUAUACGUCUCCAACGAAAUCGGUCGCGAGGUCGUCACUGCGCUUGGUGAGCUCGGGCUGUGCCAGUUCCGAGAUCUCAACGAGGACGUGAGCGCCUUCCAGCGAACCUUUACGCAAGAGAUCCGACGACUUGACAAUGUGGAGCGACAGCUGCGGUAUUUCCAUGCUCAAAUGGGAAAGGCCGGGAUUUCUCUUCGCAAGCUCGAUUUGGACACGGAAAGACUCGCCUCCCCAUCAACGUCCGAGAUUGAUGAACUUGCAGAGCGAAGCCAGAAGCUCGAGCAACGAAUUUUUGCUUUGAAUGACAGCUACGAGACUCUGAAGAAGCGGGAAGGCGAUCUUACUGAAUGGAGGUGGGUUUUGCGAGAGGCCGGAAGCUUCUUCGAUCGCGCCCACGGCAAUGUCGAUGAGAUCCGCGCUUCAGUGGACAACGAUGAUGCUCCGCUUCUCCAGGACAUGGAGCAGCACCACAGCGCCCCUGAAGUGGAGCGAUCCUUUUCCGGCAUGAACAUUGGAUUCGUAGCUGGCGUCAUUACCAGAGAUCGUGUUGCUGCCUUUGAGCGAAUUCUUUGGCGAACACUUCGUGGCAACCUGUACAUGAACCAGUCCGAGAUUCCUGAGCCUCUCAUCGACCCCACCAACAACGAGUCUAUCAACAAGAAUGUCUUUGUAAUCUUCGCCCACGGCAAGGAGAUCCUGGCCAAGAUUCGAAAGAUUUCCGAAUCCUUGGGUGCCGAGGUCUACAGCGUCGAUGAGAACAGUGACCUUCGACGCGACCAAGUCCACGAGGUUAACAACCGACUGCAGGAUGUCCAGAACGUCCUUCGAAACACCCAGGCCACUCUGGAAGCCGAGUUGAACCAGAUCUCUCAGUCCCUUUCCGCGUGGAUGAUUCUCAUUGCGAAGGAGAAGGCGGUCUACAGCACCCUCAACCUGUUUUCCUACGACCGUGCCCGUCGAACCUUGAUUGCUGAAGCCUGGUGUCCCACCCACGACAUGCCUUUGAUUCGAUCGACUCUUCAGGAUGUCACUAACCGAGCUGGCCUCUCUGUUCCCUCAAUCAUCAAUGAGAUUCGGACCAACAAGACGCCUCCGACAUAUCUGAAGACCAACAAGUUCACCGAGGGAUUCCAAACCAUUGUUAACGCCUAUGGUACUGCAACUUAUCAGGAGGUCAACCCGGCCAUACCCGUCUUCGUCACCUUUCCGUUCCUCUUUGCCGUCAUGUUUGGUGAUUUUGGCCACGCCAUCAUCAUGCUGUCGGCUGCUCUUGCCAUGAUUUAUUGGGAAAAGUCACUGAAAAAGGUGUCCUUUGAACUCUUUGCAAUGAUAUUUUACGGUCGAUACAUUGCCCUGGUGAUGGCUGUGUUCUCCGUCUUCACCGGUCUGAUCUACAACGACGUCUUCUCGAAGUCCAUGACGCUCUUUCCCAGCGCCUGGGAGUACGAGAAGCCCAAUGGCUGGCAGCCGGGCCAGACUAUCGAGGCAAAGCUCAAUGAUGAGGGCUACCGGUAUCCCUUUGGCCUUGACUGGGCCUGGCACGGUACAGAAAACACACUCCUCUUCAGCAACAGCUACAAAAUGAAGAUGAGCAUCAUUCUCGGCUGGGCUCACAUGACCUACUCGCUCUGUUUCUCUUACAUCAAUGCCAAACAUUUCAGAAAGCCAAUCGAUAUCUGGGGCAACUUUGUCCCCGGCAUGAUUUUCUUCCAGUCCAUAUUCGGUUACCUGGUCAUUUGCAUCGUUUACAAGUGGACUGUCGAUUGGACCAACCCCGACCCUGCCAUUGGCGGGCAGCCACCCGGCCUCUUGAACAUGCUCAUCUACAUGUUCCUGCGGCCCGGAAAACUGGACGUUCCGCUCUACAAAGGGCAAGCCGCCGUCCAGAUCAUGCUCCUCCUCCUCGCCUUUGCUCAGGUCCCUAUUCUUCUGUUCCUCAAGCCAUUCUACCUCCGUUGGGAGCACAACAGGGCUCGCGCCAAGGGCUAUCGCGGUAUUGGCGAGACGUCCCGUGUUAGUGCAUUGGAUGGCGACGACGAGAACCAAGGCCUGGUUAACGGCCACGGCAAUAGUUUUGACGACGACGGCGAGGGCGUAGCUAUGAUCUCGCAGAAUAUCGACGAAGAGCACGGCGAGUUUGAAUUUGGCGAGGUCAUGAUUCAUCAAGUGAUUCACACCAUUGAAUUCUGCCUGAACUGCGUUUCUCACACAGCCUCAUACCUCCGUCUGUGGGCCCUGUCGCUCGCUCACCAGCAGCUCAGCAUUGUGCUCUGGGACAUGACGCUCGGUCCUACGCUCAAAGCUCCAGGUGUCACCGGCGUGGUCAUGAUUGUCGUCGGCUUCUUCCUCUGGUUCUUCCUAACAAUUGCCAUCUUGGUUUGCAUGGAAGGCACCAGUGCCAUGUUGCACUCUCUCCGACUGGCAUGGGUCGAGUCCUUCUCAAAGUUUGCCGAGUUUGGAGGAUGGCCGUUUGCGCCGUUUUCGUUCAACACAGUGCUGGAAGAUAGUGAGGAACUGAAGGAGUUUUUGGGAUGA